AUGGGGCCGGAUCAUUGGGUUCAUUUGCACCCGUUUUACCUCCUACAUAUGGUAGACACGGUGGAAGUUAUGGCCAAGGUGCUUCAUACAGACACGGCAGAGGAGAUUUCCAUCGUAAACGACACAGAGAAGAUGAUCGUCGUGCGCCUGAUUUCACACGGAGAAAGUCUGACUUUGUGUACCGAAGAAAUCCAGAUGAACCGAGACCGGAGAAAAAUCCAAGAUUUCGUGAGAGUGGUGAUUCUGAUGAUGACGAUGAAGAUGAUCUUCUCUACAAUGGACAUAGAAAUCGACGCCCCUGAUCAAAUGGACAUGGAUGAACUCGUACCUAAUCCAGCUCACAGGGAGCCGCCUGUAAUCCGCCGCCUGGACGAGGCGGUGGUGAACAGAAUCGCCGCCGGCGAAGUUAUUCAGCGGCCGGUCUCCGCCGUGAAAGAGCUCGUCGAGAACAGUAUCGACGCCAGCUCCAGGUCCGUGUCGGUAUUGGUUAAAGACGGUGGCCUGAAGCUCAUUCAAGUUACAGAUGACGGCCACGGAAUUCGAUAUGAGGAUCUGCCGAUAUUGUGUGAAAGGCAUACGACCUCAAAACUGAGUAAAUUUGAGGACUUGAUGUCUAUCAAAUCAAUGGGGUUUAGAGGUGAGGCCUUGGCAAGUAUGACCUAUGUUGGCCAUGUGACGGUCACCACCAUUACCCAGGGUCAGUUGCAUGGUUACAGGGCAACUUAUAAGGACGGUGCAAUGGAGCAUGAACCUAAACCAUGUGCGGCUGUUAAGGGGACCCAAAUCAUGAUUGAAAAUCUAUUUUAUAACAUGAGUGCUAGGAAGAAAACACUUCAGAAUUCUGCCGAUGACUAUCCCAAAAUAGUUGAUUUAAUAUGUCGAUUUGCAAUCCAUCACACUAGUGUGAACUUCUCUUGCAGAAAGCAUGGAUCUGCUAGAGCAGAUGUUCAUUCAGUUGCUACAUCCUCAAGGCUUGAUGCAAUCAGAUCUGUUUAUGGGAUAUCAGUUGCUCAAAAUCUUAUGAAGAUUGAAGUUUUGGGCGAUGAUCCCUCAAGUUCAGUUUUUGAAAUGGAGGGUUUUAUUUCAAACUCCAAUUAUGCUGCGAAGAAAAUAACAAUGGUGCUUUUCAUCAAUGAUAGACUAGUGGAAUGUGGUGCUCUCAAGAGGGCAAUCGAAAUUGUUUAUGCUGCAACAUUACCAAAGGCAUCCAAGCCUUUCAUUUACAUGUCAAUAAAAUUGCCACCUGAAGACGUUGAUGUGAAUGUACACCCUACAAAGAGAGAGGUAAGCCUCCUGAGUCAAGAAGUUAUCAUUGAAAAGAUACAAUCUGCCAUUGAGUCAAAAUUGAGGAACUGUAAUGAUUCACGGACAUUUCACGAGCAGCGAGUGGAAUCUCUAUCUCUUCCUAAUACUGUCGUAAAAGACUCCCCUAAGCACCCGGCAUCUUCAGGCUCAAAAUCUCACAAAGUUCCAGUGCAAAAAAUGGUACGAACAGAUUCUCAGGAUCCUGCGGGAAGGUUGCAUGCAUACGUGCCUGUUAAGCCUUCAGGCCAACUGCAAGGCAGUCCUUGCUUGGCCUCCGUAAGGUCUUCAGUCAGGCAAAGGAGAAACCCGAGGGAAACAGCAGAUCUCACCAGCCUUCAGGAACUUAUUAGAGACAUUGAUUCCAACUGUCACUCUGAGUUGCUGGACAUUGUCGGGCAUUGCUCAUAUAUUGGGAUGGCAGAUGAUGUUUUCGCUCUGCUGCAGCACAACACUCACCUUUAUCUUGCUAAUGUGGUCAACCUGAGCAAAGAGCUUAUGUAUCAGCAAGUCUUGCGGCGUUUUGCACAUUUUACUGCAAUUCAGUUGAGUGAUCCAGCACCAUUGCCAGAAUUGAUAAUGCUGGCAUUGAAAGAGGAUGAUUUGGAUGCGGAAGGCAAUGAAAAUGAUGACCUCAAAGAAAAAAUUGCCGAAAUGAAUACAGAACUGAUCAAGCAGAAAGCUGAGAUGCUGGAGGAGUAUUUUGGAAUUUAUAUUGACCCAAAUGGCAAUUUGUCGAGGUUACCAAUCGUACUUGACCAAUACACGCCCGACAUGGAUCGUGUUCCAGAAUUUGUUCUUUGUUUGGGCAAUGACGUUAACUGGGAUAAUGAGAAAAAAUGUUUUCAGACAAUUGCUGCUGCUAUUGCUAACUUCUACGCCUUGCAUCCUCCAUUGUUGCCUAAUCCGUCAGGUGAUGGCUUGAAAUUUUACAAGAAAGUCCCUUCUGGCAAUCUUGAUGAAGGAAAUGCUUCAAGGAAUACUAGUAGGGAUGAAAAGGAGGACGACACUGAGCACGAACUGCUUCUGGAAGCAGAACGUGCUUGGUCUCAUCGGGAAUGGUCGAUACAGCAUGUUUUGUUCCCAUCCGUGAGACUUUUUCUCAAGCCCCCAACAAUAAUGGCUACAAAUGGGACAUUUGUCAAGGUUGCUUCUUUGGAGAAACUCUACAGAAUUUUUGAAAGAUGCUAA